AUGCCAUCAGUGCGACACAUACCAGACAACAAGCGACGAUCUCGUACGGGAUGUCUGACCUGUCGUAAGCGGCGAAGAAAAUGCGACGANGGGAAGCCAAGUUGUCAGAAUUGCUCUGAAAGGAGUGUGACAUGCAGAUACGGUGAUUGGACAUUUGUGUCUGAUGGGCCACAAAGAUCUCUCGCAGAUGGUGGCGCGUCGCAAGUGGAUGUCGGCGAUGACUCUCGUGCUACUACGGCGGCAUCGCCAUCAGUGACAGCACCGCAAUUACGUAGCGACACUGUCAACUAUCAGCAUGUCGGCGGUUCUGAUUCAUCACUCAGCCAUGUUCGGGAACCCUCUACCCCUCAGUCUAUGACCUCCACUGCCACGGUGGUAAUUGCCACUAGACAAGGUGUCAUUGACAGCGACCUGACUACGGCCUGGACGUCAAACACCUUUGCGGGUAACAUGACCUAUGCACCAGUCACACCUCGGCAGCCGAUCGAAGAGCGCUCGUGGCAACAGCGUUCAACGAACAGACAACCUGCCUUGCUACAUUUCAGAUAUCAAUUCGUACCUUGGAUCGAAUCCAACAACUGCAAGUCGAUGUUUGGGCCGGCAAUCAUGACUCUAGCUCGCGACAGCAAGAUUAUUUCCGAUUGCAUCUCCGCCUGCGUACAAUUGAGAGACGAAAGUCUUGAUCUGGGAAGUACCACGUCCACUGGCUUGACUGUACCCUCAAGGCUUCUGGAACAGUUGACUCGUGAAGAUACUUUCACCGCAGAAGUCGGAUUUGCGCUGCUCACGGUUAGUAGCGUGUUCUACAUACCAACCUCGGAUUGGGCCACCAUCGCCUCUACCUGUGAAGCGCGCCUGGCCGAGUCUGUCCUGUCAGACGGGAAAUUCGAGCUCACACCGGAGCCUUUGAAGUCGCUCUUGCGGUUGCAAUUGAAAGUCGAUCUUGCCGCCUCCAUCGUAACGAACAAGCCUCCUUCGGCCAAUCUUAUGAUUCCCUCAGAAAGCUUGAUGAUCAGCGACAUUGAUGAUCCUCUCACUUCUUACGAUGGCUGUCUCUGUUGCCUCGCACUAUCUAUGCGACUGGUUCACUUCGAACUUAUUCCUGUGCUAUCCGGUUUCCACGAAUCGCGUCUACAGCCUGUCGGUUCUCACGUUUCCAGGUGGGAUCGGUGGUUUGAACUCUGGAGUAGUUGUAUGUCGUGGUUCCAGGACCGACCUCGCAAGAUGAGGCCUGUACUCGAAAGCCCAGAUGAAGACCCCCGGCGCAAACAACCUUUCCCCAUUGAUGUGUUUACAAGCGCCACUGCUCUGCAAGCAAAUCUUGUCAUGCAUAUGUCAGCAGUAACUCUGCUAUCACAAAAACCUCGUCUCACCAACGCAACCUCGAUUCUACAGCGUUUUAGAUCACGGAGCUGGCACGUUCAAAAGAUUGCACGCAUGUUAGUCGGUAAUCAUUUCAAUGGGCAGUGGGACCCGGUAGUCAUUGCUGCACUGCUUUUUAUUGCCAAGGAAAUGUCGCACCCCUCCCAGCAGGAAGCGCUUCUACCAUGCUUCCAUGAGAUCUCGAAUACAACACAUAUUCCCAUUGGAAAGGAUGUCGCCAAUCUUCGCGCACUCUGGCAAUCAAUCCAACAAGAUGAUCCACCAAACCUGCGGCAUGCGUUCUGA